UCAGAGAAACAGAGCUGGUGCCGACUAAUGACCCUCACCGUGCUGCUGCACCUAAACUCUCCGGCUUACCUUUUCUGAGACAUCUUUCCAACAACAUUUCUUCUCGUCUUCAAGUUCCCCCUCGCUGCUGUCUGACGGAAACGUCACAGGAAUGUAAACUGUGUUGUGAAUGCUCAGGGAACCGUAGUGUUGCUCCUAAUGAUGUUACCCCGCGCGCAUUAACUGAGUACAUGGCUAACGUUAAUGCAACAAACAUGUCGUCCCGCUGAGAAAACUACUGCUGCUGUCCUGCGUUCAAGUUUUCAGGUGUGGUGGUGAACCAAUGGAGAAGCCAUCGUCUUCAGGCAGAGCAGCGCUGGAGGAGAGAAAAGGCCUGGUGGAGGAUGGUGCGGUGCUGAGAGGUGCUGAGGGUGGAGAGGCGAAUCCUCAGACCCCGAGGAAGAGCAGCUCCUCUCGCUCCUCCCGCAAGAGCUUCCGCUUGGACUACCGGCUGGAGGAGGAAGUGACAAAGUCCUGUCGGGACAAACAUGGCCGCUGGACCAACCCCUGGCCCACAUGGCGGUUCCCUUCCUACACCACCCUGCUCAGAUUCCUGCUGUUGGACAAAAAUAACAGUAACAUACCAACUAGUAAAGAGGCUCUGGACAGUGAGCUCCCAGUGAUGGAACCGUACUUUGUCAAGAACCCAGACCUCUCUGAAUCUGGUCCGGGUCUGAGAGUCACCUGGCUGGGUCACGCCACAGUUCUGGUUGAAAUGGACGGGGUGAAUAUUCUGACAGACCCAAUUUUCAGCCAGAGAGCCUCACCGUUCCAGUUCAUGGGGCCCAAAAGAUACAGAGGGCCCCCCUGCACUGUGGAACAGCUGCCCAGGAUUGAUGCAGUCGUCAUCAGUCAUUCUCAUUACGACCAUCUGGAUACUGGAUCAGUGGCCAGCCUUAAUGAACGCUUUGGAGGGGAGCUACGCUGGUUCGUGCCCCUGGGUUUGAUGGACUGGCUGGUGAAGAUGGGCUGUGAGAAUGUGAUGGAGCUGGAUUGGUGGGAGGAGAACUGUGUGCCGGGUCAUGAUGACGUCACAUUUGUGUGCACACCCUCUCAGCACUGGAGCAAACGCACCGCACUGGACGAUAACAAGUCUUUGUGGGGCAGCUGGUCUAUUUUGGGUCCCGAUCAUCGCUUCUUCUUCGCUGGUGAUACCGGCUACUGCUCUUCCUUCGAGGAGAUCGGACGACGCUUCGGACCGUUUGACCUCGCUGCAAUCCCCAUCGGAGCUUACCUGCCCAGGGACAUGAUGCAGGGGCAGCAUGUAAAUCCAGAGGAGGCUGUCCUGAUCCACCAAGACCUUCAGGCCAAACAGUCGGUGGCCAUUCACUGGGGAACCUUCGCGCUCGCCUACGAGUACUACCUGGAGCCGCCGGUCCGUCUCAGAGAGGCCCUGGAGCAGAAAGGACUGAAGCCAGAGGUCUUCUUCACUCUGCAUCACGGGGAGUCUCGCCUUAUAGCAUCACAGGACGGAGACGUCUUUGACUGAUCCUGUCUGCAGCGCGUCUGUAACAAAGAGCAGAACAUUUUGUUUCUUACUCUGAUGGACUUCAGUAAUUAAAGUUUGAAAUGCAUAUUAUGUAUGCAGAUUAAAAUGAUCCACAGUACUGUUUA